AAGAAGAGCGAAGAAGAGCCAGACCGGGAGGACCAGGGAGGACCAGAUGGACAUGUCUCGGUCUCCGGACGCGGGGACACUCCUGGGUGCCUCUGCUCAGCUUAACGUGAUGGACAUGGACUCGAUCGAUGAUAAGGAGUUUGACAUUCCUCAGGUGGACACCCCUCCCACCCUGGAAAGCAUCCUCAGUCAGGUGGAGGAUGAAGAGGAUGCAUUUGUUCUGGAGGACACCUGUGUCAUGAACACAGACAACAUGGAUACUCACUCCUGGGACACGUCCUCCCUCGCCAGCUCUGACAGCGGAGACCCGGCACACCUGAAACGGAAGAGGAAGACGCUGGAUCUGAACACCGGUGUCCACGGCUCGGUGCUCAGGCUGAGUCUGCUAAAAGGCAUCUCUGCACAGAUCGUAGCUGCUGCUGACAAAGUGGAUGCUGGACUUCCAACUGCAAUCACAAUGGGCGGCGUGAUCGCUGUGGGAACGUCUCAUGGUCUGGCUCUGGUCUUUGAUACCAACCAGGCUCUCCGGCUGUGCCUGGGAACCAAGAGCACUGGAGCCGAGUUCGGAGCCAUAUCUGCCAUCAGCAUCAACCAUGACUGCACACGGCUGCUCUGUGGUUUUGCUAAAGGACAGAUUACGAUGUGGGAUCUUGCCAAUGGGAAGCUUCUGAGAACCAUCACUGAUGCUCAUCCUCCAGGAACAGCUAUCCUGCACGUUAAGUUCACAGAUGACCCAACUCUGGCUGUGUGCAACGACAGUGGAGGGUCUGUGUUCGAACUGGCUUUCAGGAGGGUGAUGGGAAUGAGGUCAUGUGACUCGCGGUGUCUCUUCAGUGGCUCUAAAGGGGAGGUGUGCUGCGUGGAACCUCUCCGAGCUCCCCCAGACUUCAGAGACCAUCCCAUCACUCAGUACUGUCUGCUGGCUAUGGCCUCUCUGACCAAGAUUCUUGUCAUUGGUCUGAAGCCCCAGCUGAACGUUUGGAUGACAUUUCCUUACAGCAAGUCUGAUGCAUCCAGUAUUCCUCAGCUGGCCUGGCAGUUUGUUCCUGUUCAGAAGACUGUCAACCCCAUCCUGGCCUUCUCUAAAGGAGAUACUGUCCACUUCCUUCUGGUCAAGAAAGAGGAGAUGGGAACCAUCCACGUGAUCAAACAGAGACACCUCCACCUCAGUUGUGACAUCAUCAGCCUCAACUGGAUCAACGGUCGGACCCUGGUCCUGGUUGACAGCCAUGAGAAACUCCAGGUGGUAGACCGGCCCACGCAGGAGAUCCUGGAGACCCAGGACCUGGAGCAGGUGCAGCUGGUCUACAACAGCAGACACUUCAAAUCGCUGGCCACUGGAGGGAACGUCUCCCAGGCCCUGGCCUUGGUGGGAGAAAAGGCCUGCUACCAGUCAGUGUCCAGUUACGCAGGGCAGAUUCUGUGUUUGGGCACAAAGUCGGCUCACAUCAUGGCUCUAAGGACCUGGAAAGAGCGCAUAGACUUCCUCCUGAAGAAGGAGCACUUUGUUGAAGCGCUGUCUCUGGCCUGGUCCUUCCAUGAGGGCACAGCCAAGGCUGUGGUUGGUCUGCAAGGAGAUCCACAGAAAAGGAAAGGAGUUGUUGUUAAUAAGAUGGUGGAGACUCUCCUCCAGUUUACAGAGUACGCUCUGAAGAAGUGUCCAGAGCACGGCAAGAUUCAGCUGAUGGAGCAACACUUCCAGGAUGUGGUUCCAGUCCUGGUGGAUUACUGCCUACUGCUGCAGAAAGUUGACCUGCUCUUCAACCAGCUUUACGUCCACCUGCUGGAGAAUGCCGUUGCUAAGGGCGUCUUCCUGGAGUCUCUGGAGCCUUAUAUUAUCACCUACCGCCUGGGCCAUUUACCCACCCCCGUCAUCAGGGACCUUCUGUCACAUUACCAUGACAACGGGAUGAUGGACAGCCUGGAGAGGUGCAUCGUCCAUUUAGAUGUGACCAGCCUGGAUAUCCAACAGGUGGUCCAGAUGUGUUGGCAGAACCAGCUGUAUGAUGCUAUGAUAUACGUCUUCAAUCGUGGUAUGAAUGACUACAUCACUCCAAUGGAGAAACUGUUUGCUGUGAUUAGUCCUGGAGUGAAGGAGGGGAGGAGCCUCACAGACAAGGAUGUGGUGAUGGGGAACAAACUGCUGGUGUACAUCAGCUGCUGUCUUGCAGGAAGAGCUUAUCCACUUGGAGACAUCCCUGAAGAUCUCGUCGUUCAGGUCAAGAACCAGGUGUUUGAGUUUCUGAUCCGCCUCCACUCCGGUGACUCUUCAGAGGAGGAGGAAGUUUUCCCCUUCAUUCAUACACUCCUUCACUUCGAUACCCGCGAGUUUCUCAACGUGCUGGCCAUGACGUUUGAUGACUUUAAGAAUGACAAGCAGGCUCUUGAAUACCAGCAGAGAAUAGUGGACAUUUUACUCCAGGUGAUGGUGGACAGCCCAGACUUUACUCCGUCCCAGGUGGGCGGGCUCUUCACCUUUUUGGCUCGCCAGUUGGCCAAGAGAAACAACACACUUUUUGUGAACCGGAAGCUAUUUGACCAGGUGCUGGAGUUCCUCUGCUGUCCUGAUGAUGAUGCUCGACACGCUGAACGACAGCAGGUCCUGCUGGAGCUGCUGCAGGUGGGCGGUGUGGUCCAGUUUGAUGAAGAACGCCUGCUGGCUUUGGCAGAGAAAGCCAAGUUCUACCAGAUCUGUGAAGUCCUUUUUGAGAAGAAACACUUGUAUGACAGUAUUGUUGACUGCUACCUGAAAGACCCGCUCCGAAAGCGGGAGGUUUUCAACUACAUUCAUGAUCUUCUGACCACGCCAGGCUGUAGUUCGGAGGAGAAACACAAAGUGAAGCACAAAGUUCUCCAGCACGUUCAGGACCUGGUGAGCAUGGAUCCCAGGAAAUCAGCUGAUCUGAUACAGUGUCAUUUCAAAGACGAGGUUCCGGUCAUCAUCUCUGAGAUUCAGGACGACCAGAUUCUCUUCAGAUUCCUCAGCUGUCUUUUGGAGCCGCGGGAAGGAUUCAGCUCAUGCUCGGUUGACCAGGAGAUCCAUGAGCUUCUGCUGGACUUACUGUGUCGCUUCGACCCCCAGCAGCUCUUGAACUUCCUCCACACCUCCCAGCAUUACAGAUUGGAGGAGGCCAUACAGAUAGCAGAGAAGUACCACUGUAAUGAGGCCACCGCCUACUUGUUGGAGAAGAAGGGAGACAUUCAUGGAGCCUUUGCCCAACUGCUGCAGAUCCUGAAAGAAAGACUGCAUGUCCUCACGUCUGAAGGUGAAGAACCAGCUGAAAGACGAGGGGAGGAAGAUGGAGAUCCAGCACGGACUCGACUCCAGGACUGUCUGAAGAACAUUAUUUCUUUUUGUAAUCGCACCUGCCAGAACCUGGACCAACAGCAGAGGAAGGAACUAUGGUUUCCACUUCUGGACACCAUGAUGGUUUCUCAGAAAGAAAUGAAGGAGCCCAGACACAGCUCAGAGGGACUAAAGAAGAUGACUCUGGAGGUUCUUAACAGUAUGAGUAUCUUCAUUUCUCUUCCUGCCAUCAUCCAACAAAUCCUACAGGACCCCCUUUAUGGAAAAGGAAAGCUGGCAGAGAUUCAAGGCCUCAUCCUGGGAAUGCUGGACACAUUCAGCUAUGAACAGACUUUACUUGAAACUACCACGAGUCUGCUGAACCAUGACCUCCAUUGGUCUCUGGCACACCUUCGCUCUGCCGUCAGAAGAGGGCUCCACCCGCGGCAGGACUUCUGCAACAUCUGCCUGCAGAACUACAAGAGGAGGCAGGAUUUAUCUGAGCAGAUCGUCGUCUUCAGCUGUGGCCACCUGUACCACGUGCAGUGCCUGCAGCAGAAGGAGUGUGGGUGGGGCGCUGCGUCCGAGCUGCUGCAGCAGUGGAGGUGCUACAAGUGUUCCAGCCACGGAGGAAAGGGCCGCCCUACAGAACCAAACAGAGCACGCACCACAUCUCUGGCUCAGAGUCGCAUCACAUCAACACAUGACUCAAUUCCAGUGUCUCAUGGGAAGAAGGUCGCUACUGUAGUUUCACUGGACCUUCAGCAAGAACUGUCCUGGGAUGAGACGCGCUCGUUAUACCGAGGACCGUCCAGGCUGUCCAUCCUCUCAGAACUGUCCCAGGGUCAGACGGGUGAGCCUGCAGGACGACCGUUCCCCGUCCAGCCGGUCCCAGACAGCUGCUACCUGAAGCUCUGUCCGCCGCCGCUACUGGAAGAAUAGCAUCCUCAUGUUUUCACUUCCACGUUCCCUCCAGUUUCAUGAGACAUCAGUGCCAGCGUUGAUCACCCACUGCUUCUUGACACCCGUGUGAGACUUUGUCCCGUUCUUUUAUCCGUUGUCCCAGCUGGCUGAACCGUCUGAAGGUUCAUUCCUCCUCGUCGUCAGGAUACGUUGGCACAGCUUCAGAUUUAAGCUAUAACAGAUACUUUUCAUACAUUUUCAGCUUCAUCCCCUUCACGAGGAAUGAAGGGAUCAUUUUGUUUGAUAUGCUCAAAUUUAAAUUAACUUGGCAUCUUUUUAAACGACAUAUCUGUACUUUUGAUCUGACUACAAAUAAAUGAAUAA